AGAUGUCGAGAGAUCUAAGGACACAAAACUGGACGGCAGUCUUUCGGUACUCUUUCCUUUCCCUCGCCAUUACUGGUUUCUGUGUUCUCUCCGUUUUUUCUCUCGCUGAUACAACGUUUUCGGGUCUUGCGGAGGAGAAACAAAAGCUUUAUUUCUUCGAGAAGUAGGUUGUUGAGGUUUUAGAAGCUCUCUUCUUCUCGAACAAGAGAUUUUCAUUGAUGGGUGCUUCAGGAAAAUGGCUGAAAACUUUUAUGGGUCUGAAAAAACCGGAGAAGGACGAACAUGAGAAAGUCGGCAGUAAGAGCCGGAAGUGGAAGUUGUGGAGGAGUUCUUUUGGUGACUCCGGAUCUUCGUGGAAGGGUUUCAAAGGAGGGUCAAGAGCGGCAUCGGAGGCUUCUGAUUCUUCGUCAGUAGCUGAUGCGUUUAGCAUUGCAGUUGCCACUAUUGUUAGAGCUCCACCUAAAGAUUUCAGGGUAGUGAGGCAAGAAUGGGCUGCAAUACGGAUCCAGACUGCGUUUCGUGGUUUUCUGGCAAGGAGGGCAUUAAGGGCCUUGAAGGGUGUGGUGAGACUUCAGGCUCUUGUUCGUGGCCGGCAGGUGAGGAAGCAGGCCGCUGUGACACUGAGGUGCAUGCAGGCUCUCGUUCGUGUUCAGGCGCGUGUAAGGGCUCGUCGUGUGCGUAUGUCAAUCGAGGGGCAGGCUGUACAGAUGCUACUUAACGAACGUCGAAGUAAGGCAGAUUUGUUGAAACAGGCUGAGGAAGGAUGGUGUGAUAGUCAAGGAACACUGGAAGAAAUUAGAUCAAAGCUGCAAAUGAGGCAAGAAGGGGCCAUAAAGAGAGAAAGAGCAAUUGCUUAUUCUCUCUCUCAACAGCAAUGGAGAUCAAACUCGAAUCCAAACACGAAGGCCAAUGGGUCAUUGACUAAUCUAAAGCAUCACGAGGUAGAUAAGAGCAGUUGGGGAUGGAGCUGGCUAGAGCGAUGGAUGGCAGCAAAGCCAUGGGAGAAUAGAUUGAUGGAGCAGACACAUGUUGAUUCAUCAGAGAUGACGCCUUCUUCUAAAAACUGUGAUGAUUUAGUUGGGGCGCGCUCAAAAUCUUCCGAACCAGGUUCUGUGAAAGUCAGGAAGAACAAUGUUACCACCAGGAUUUCUGCUGGACCUCCUCUAAUUGGGCAUGCUACACGUUCCUCGUCUGGCCCAAGUUCUGAAUUUUUGUACGAUCAGAGCUCACCAUCCUCUUCUUCAAUUUGCACAUCUACAACUCCGGUGUCUGGAAACACCCAUUUGGCAUCGGGGAGAAUUGAGGAGAGUAACAAUAGUAGACCCAGUUACAUGAACCUCACAGAGUCUACUAAGGCUAAGCAGAGGACAAGCAACCAUUCUCAUCAUAGAGUUCAAAGGCAAUCCAUGGAUGAUUUUCAGUUUAGCAAGAAGUCAGCAGCAUUUUCCAAUGGGGAUACGAGAAGCAGUACUGGUUCUGAUCCUUAUUCGAUUAAUUUCUCCAAGCCCAUUUGCCUGCCAACACGAUUGGAUAACAACUCAAUGAGCGUGAGGGAGUAGAAAUGUAUGUUGCUAAGAAUCAUGGUUUUAUUGUUUAUGCUCUUGCCUUUGGAGUCCAACAUCUUGUUGUCCUGUGAGUGUGAAAUCGCUGUUCAUGUUGCAAGGAAGGAUGCGCAGAACCAAAUCAGGGAUUGAGAAGGCGCUGAGAUUUCUUCUUUGGCAGUUUGGCGUGUAAUGUAUAUGCUUUCUAGCGAGAAAUUGUUGUAGAUUGAGACGAUGCGUUUUUAUAUUUGUUUUGGGUCGGUUGAUUUUUUUCUUUUUUUUUUCAAUGAGAGUGAUGCUUCUGGUGGUAUUGUGAUCUUUUUUAAUUAACGCUUUUUAUUUGCAAAAUGAUGCUUCUGGUGGUGUUUGGUGUU